GUUCGGUAUUUCUAUGCAUCAAUUAAAAUUUUAACAAAAAAUCAAAAAGUUUUUAAUUUUUCGCGUUCUAUUGGUGUUUCCCGGUGGAGAUAAUGGCUGGGCCGAACCCAGUGCCCGGGCUAUACAGGAGGGUAGUUGAUGAUGUGAUAAACAAUGUCAGAGAAUCAUUCCUUGAUGAUGGCAGAGAUGAACAGAUUCUACAGGAGCUGAAACAGUUAUGGGAGAGUAAACUUAACCAGUCAAAGGCUGUAGAGGGGAUGCCAGCCGAACAUGAGCAGAUAUUACAACAACACUAUGCCCAGGUUCAGCAACAACAACAACAACAGCAACAGCAACAGCACCAGCAAGCUCAGCAACAGAAAAUGAAACUCAUGGCCCAGUCACAGCAACAGCAACACAAUGUACAAAGAACAGUAGGCAGUCAGGGUGCUACAGGCAAUCCAAGUCUCCCUGUAUAUACACAGCUAGGAAACACCCUAGAAAUGAGUGGUGCUGCAGCCCAGGCAGCUCUAGCCCUACCCCAAGGGAUGUACUCUCAACAAGUAGCAGCUCCAGGCAACAUUACAGUGCAGCAACCCCAACAAGGUCAAUCCACACAACAACAACAGCAACAGUAUAUUACAAUACAAGCUCCACCAGGUGUGGAUAUUCAACAGCUGCAGCAACAACUACAGCUCCAACAACAGCUGCAGGGGCAAAAUCCUACAUUCACACUGCCCCAGGGGGUCAGCAUGGUACAGGUGCCCUCACAGCAGUCUGAUGGUAGUAACAGACAGAGCAAUGGAAUGGUUCAGUUAGAUGGUAACCAGGACACCAGCUCUGAUGAAGACUAUGGUGACGAUGAUGAUGACGAUGAUGACAACGACAAUGAGGAAGAAGACAAAGAUGGACAAGAAGAGGAACCCCUGAAUUCUGGUGAUGAUGUUUCUGAUGAAGGAGAUGCAGCAGAACUGUUCGAUACUGAGAAUGUUGUAGUUUGCCAAUACGACAAGAUCAACAGAAGUAAAAACAAAUGGAAAUUCCACUUGAAAGAUGGAAUUAUGAACUUAAAGGGUAAAGACUAUGUCUUUCAAAAAGCCAAUGGAGAUGCUGAAUGGUGACAAACAUUGAAGAUUAAUCGACUGUGGAAAAUAGUGGAAUGGAGUGCAUUGAUAUUUGUAGUUCAAAGAAAAAUGCAUACUGCGUGCACAUACUUAUACAUAAGUUUUAAGAUGCCAAUGAAGAUGUAUUUUGCCAAAGAUGUCUGAGAUUUUCUCAUGUCUCUGCAUAUGUACAAGAAAUUUAAAUGUUCAAGUUUUACUCAUAUAUAGAUCAUUCUGGGGUUGAUACAUGUACAUGUAUUUGCCAAGAAUUACAAAGUUGUUGCAGUCAUGAGUCAUUUUAUCCCACCAAACUUUGAGUAGGGAUAUAGAGAAUCCAUUUGAGCAGCCAUCAUCCAUUAGUUUUACUUCAUUAAGAAUGGCCACCAUUUUUUUUAUUAAAAAUAAUUUUUUAGAUUUUUGGCUUUAAAUGUGAUGCAUCAUCUCUAUCAACUUUGAUGAUUAUUAAAUGCAAUGAUAUCUGUUU